UCUACCAAUCCUUUUUCUCUCUAUAAAUGCCCAUCUCAUCCAUCCUUACUCUUCUCAUUAAACUCUACUUAUUCCCCAAAUCUCUUAUCAUCUCCCAAUCUUUCUCUACCUUUAUUUUUCAUUCCCAUCACCAUCCUUUCCCCUUUACUUCUUCUCAUAUACUUCCAAGCUUAGGUUCAAUUCCAUCACCUUCUCCUCUUCCCUUCUUUUCCUUCAUUUACUAAUUGAGUUCUCCUCACUAGACUCUACUACUUAGUAGAAAAUUCUCAUGUUCUAACCUUUAGAUCUAGCUACAAGCUAGUGUUUGUAAUUUUUUUUUCCUUAACAUCUAUCUUCUCAUAUAUAUACAAACCUUUCCUUCUUCUUCUUCUUCUUCUAGUGAUAUCAUUUAAUUUGGCUUCUUAUUAUGAAUUUUCCCUUUUAUCUUUCAGUACUCUACUGUAUUCUAAACUUUAAUCUGGAUCUUCUUCUUAUCAUAUAUAUGUUCUCACCUUAAUCUUCCCCUUCUUUAUCAUAUCUUCAUAUCUCUUCUUCUUCUUCUUGUUCUUCUUUUUAAACCUAGCUAGACAAACAAAGAGAAAGUCUUAUUAGUUCUUCAAUCCUCUUUAUCUUUCACUUAUAUAUACAAAAAACAAAAUGUCUACUUUUCCAACCAUCCCAACCAACUCCAUCAACUCCUGCCACAACUCCGACACCUCUUCUUCCGGCCGACCAAGCCGCUACGAAUCCCAAAAACGCAGAGACUGGAACACUUUCGUCCAAUACCUCAAGAACCACCGUCCACCUCUCACUCUCUCUCGUUGCAGUGGCGCUCACGUUCUUGAAUUCCUCCGUUACUUAGACCAGUUCGGCAAAACCAAAGUCCACAACACCAACUGCCCAUUCUUCGGCCACCCCAAUCCUCCAUCGCCAUGCACCUGCCCUCUCCGUCAAGCUUGGGGCAGUCUCGAUGCUCUCAUCGGCCGUCUUCGUGCCGCCUUCGAAGAAAAUGGCGGCCAACCUGAGGCCAACCCUUUCGGCGCUCGUGCCGUGAGGUUGUAUCUCCGUCAGGUACGUGAUUCUCAGGCCAAAGCUCGUGGCAUUGCUUAUGAGAAGAAGAAACGGAAGAGACCACCACCACCACCACCACCACCUCCACCUCCACCACCACCGCCACCACCACCGGAGCUGAUUGCUGGAGUGAAUUCUAACCAUGUAGAUCAACUGUUUCAUCUCUAUCAUCAUCAUCAUCAUCAUCAUCAUCUUCAAGGCCAUGUUAUUAAUCUUGUUAUUCCCGGUGAUGAAGCUCACUCCGGCAGUGAACUUAUACCACUUUCGGUGUUGAAUUAGUGUUUCUUUUGCUUUUCAUGAUUUUCAUUGCAUGUUUGUUGAUUAAAUUAGUGUAGAUAUAAAGAUGUGAGCUUUGUUGUAUGCAUGAUAUAUAUGUUCUUGGAUAUGGAUUUGGUUUUAGGGUUUAUCA